GCCAUAUUUCUCGGACGCGGGGAAUAUGGCGGCGCCCUGCAACACCUAAAACAUGGCUUCCCGUCAAAACAUAAACACAUUUCCGCGCACCGAAUUGAGCUUCGUCGUCGAAAACCAGACGAAACCCCGCUCGACUCGUCGCUUUUCAGAGUGGUUUGCAAGCGGGGCAUUCCAGGAAAUAGUCGGGUGCAGCAAGGACAACGCCCUGGCAACGAGGCCUCGUGUAGCCGACAUCUGACAGCCGCGGCUGGGCUAACGUUACUCACCCGACGCCCACAUCGUCACCGAGAACUCCCCCUCCAGCGUCUUUAUCUGCACCUGCUUCUGUUCCCAUUUUCUCGCUCCGGUGUCCGAGCCGCUCAAAUAGCUCUUUUUGCCUGCUUUCUUCCCGCCGCCUGCUCGUUUCACUCGACCCACGGAGCUCUUUCCAGCUACCGCCACCAAAGUCUGCUCGAUGUACUCAUCCUCCACUCCGGGGGCCGGCACCGGAAUUAGGAUCUGGUCCUCGAAUCGCCCAUCAUCCGUGUGCAGGUCGCAGUCAUCCCCGCCGACCACCUCCUCCCGGGUCUGCACCAGGAUCACAUCCGGAUGGUGGUGGUGAUGAUGGUGGAUAGAGCUGUGGUCGUCCAGCGGCUGGAGGGCGAUCAUGGGCUGCUCAUCGUCGUCGUCGUCGUCGUCCUCGUCGCCGCCGACUACCGUGGUUUCGAUGGUCUCCACCGGUAUGGUCUCCACCUCUAUCUCGUGAAGCUCCACGAUCUCGGCCGGCAUAUCCGAGCCGUCUGUUGCGAUGUACAGCGUAUCGCCGGAUGCCAUGUUGAAGUCCGCCAGCUUGCCUCUAUCAUUCACGCCGUGUUUAUGCUACUGUUUUGGGGGGUUUAUCCACCACGCUCGCUCUUACACGCCCCCCAACUCAGCUCUUGCCACUUCCCGCAUUCGCUGCCUCUUCCUCCGCACCAACUCUCGCCACUCUGCCGACUCGCUCCAGAUCUCGUUGCCACUUAUUUCCCGAGUUGGGAAACCUCGCGAGAUUUUGGGUGAGACGCUAACCCCAAGGCGGAAGUUUCGUCUUAAAGGUUUGCUUUUUCAUGUACACGUUUUAGUUAGUGUUGUAAGCACAAUACCAAUGGCGCGCAACUUGCAAAAUGCGCAACCGCAUUUUGCAAAUUUAAUGUCAAAUCAGGCUUCACGGUGGAAGAGGGGUUAGUGCGUCUGUCUCACAAUACGAAGGUCCUGCAGUCCUGGGUUCAAUCCCAGGCUCGGGAUCUUUCUGUGUGGAGUUUGCAUGUUCUCCCCGUGACUGCGUGGGUUCCCUCAGGGUACUCCGGCUUCCUCCCACCUCCAAAGACAUACACCUGGGGAUAGGUUGAUUGGCAACACUAAAUUGGCCCUAGUGUGUGAAUGUUGUCUGUCUAUCUGUGAUGGCCCAGUGACUUGUCCAGGGUGUACGCUGCCUUCCGCCCGAUUGUAGCUGAGAUAGGCGCCAGCGACCCCAAAAGGGAAUAAGCGGUAGGAAAUGGAUGGAUGGAUGUCAAAUCAAAUGUUAAUUGGAUUCAUCACUAUACAGUGUACAUCCACGACUAAACUACCACAACUUGGUUUACUAUUUAUAAAAUAUAAUAAUGUAGGGUUACCUGGAACUUGAAAUAGGCCACCCGGCCUGAAUCCACACUUAGUAGUUGGUAGUUGGUGAUGAAUCCAAUAAACAUUUGAUUUGAUUUGACUUGACAUUAAAUUUGCAAAAUGCGGUUGCGCAUUUUGCAAAUUGCGCACCAUUGGUAUUGUGCUUACAACAUUAUUAUAAACCAGGGGUCGGCAACCAAAAACACCAAAACAAAUCUGUCUGGAGCCGCAAAAAAUUAAAAGCCAUAUUACAUACAGAUAGUGUGUCAUGAGAUAUAAGUUGAAUUGUGAGAACUUAAAGGAAACCAAAUAUACUCAAAUAUAGCUACAAAUGAGGCAUAGUGAUGCAAUAUGUACAUACAGCUAGCCUAAAUAGCAUGUUAGUAUCAAUUAGCUUGCAGUCAUGCAGUGACCAAAUAUGUCUGAUUAGCACUCCACACAAAUCAAUAACGUCAAAAAAACUCACCAUUGUUUGUUCAUGCACAAUAAUAUAAGUUUGGUGGACAAAAUGAGACAGAAAAAAAGUGACAUAAAACACGUCUCAGAAAGUCGGAGAAAGUUAUACAUGUAAACAAACUAAGGUGAGUUCAUGGACCACCAAAAUUAGUCGGACAAAACGGCGCUGGCCAAAUACUCGAAUCAGUGAAGCAUGUUUAAUAUAAACAAUGUGCUUUAUAGCAAUUAGGGAGGUUUGUGUCAUGUUUGUCCUCCUACAGAAACUAUAUUAAAACAAAAAAUUGUUUAUUUCCCCUCAUAAUUUCCAUUUUUCAUAUAUUUUAGAAAAAGCUCCAGAGAGCCACUAGGACGGCGCUAAAGAGCCGUGGUGUAAGUGUUGUUGAAAACUUACACUUUAUAUUUUUUGUUUUAAGGAUUAACAUUUUUUGUUGUAAAUUAUUAUGGUUCUGAAGUCAUGUUAUAUAUUUUGUAAAUAAGACACAUUUGGGUUACUAUAAAAGGGGCAAUUAAUUUUCUUUGUCACACCGCUAUUCUCGCGAAAUUUGGUGUGCUGUUUGGAGUUGCAGACAUGCAAAGGACUUUGGGCCAUCAGCAGCAGUGGGGAACAUUUGGCUAGCUGAACAAGUUGCACAACACUGGAGUGUUUGCUGCACAAGAACCUCCGAAGUGGCAGGCGGCCACGAGUUUUCACGGCUAAAAACUCAAGUAUAGAGCCCGUCUUUAAGAAACCGAGCCAGUGUUGUCAUUUCGGAGCCACAGUGAAAACUCACCCAGCCCAGCGCCGGUGAGAAGGACGUCAAGACGAAGACGCCAGCAGGUGCAGUGGGUGACGGUACCGUGGUGCGACACCAGAGGGCGCCAGUACCAAAGCUCAUCACACACAAGCAACUAAGCAAUGUAUUAAGAAUGAGUAAAGUGGAAAUUAAGGAAGGACUUUGCUAAAGGAAAAACGAGUGUUUUAAGUCAAGUUUGAAGGUCCACUAUAAGUUUCUACAGCAUAUUUGUCAAAAGUUACUUAAUUUUUACUGUACCUCAAAGUGAUGCAUUGUUGUUGAAAUAAGAGUUUUGUGCAUUUUGCUUAAGGUCAAAACAGCAUUUUAAGUUUCUAAAAAGAUACUUACAAGUUAAAGUCCAACCAAGCGAAUUUUAAGAAGUAUUUUUGGAAUUUAAACAGUGUGUUAACCAAACGCUAAAGAUGACUGACAAAGAUAAAGAAGAGUUACCACUUUACGAAGUUGCAGAACAUGAAGUGCAAGCUGCAGAACAAAAAACUGUUUGUAGAGGUGAAAGACUAAGAACAUUAACUGAAAAGGGUAAAAAACUUCAAGAGGAGAAACUAAAGAGCCUCAAACACAAAUAUUCACUUGUUUUUGAAAAAUGGAGAUAUGAAGCAAGAUUGAGCAGAGUAAUGCUGAGAAAGGAAGCUUCAGAAAGUGAAUUAAAGGAAUUAAUCAAUAACGUAAAUAUCACUUGUAAAGAUGUGCAAGUUGUUUAUGACCGGAUACGUCAAAUACAAUCUCCUGAAGCAGAAAUUAGGCGUAAAGUUGAUGCAUGCACAUCACUCUCCAGAUUUAUAGUCAACAGAGCUGAAAAAUGGCUUGGAGGAGACAUUGAGGAUGACGAAGAAUCGUGGCCAGAUGUCGGAUCAUGCUUAGGAUCUGAAAGUUCUAAAUCAAGGUCAAAAUCACAAAGGUCCACAAGUAGUUCAGGACAAUCCCGCUCACAAAUAAUAAAAAGAAUGGAAGCUGAAGCUGAAGCAGCUGCAUCUCAAGAAAUACUGGCAGUAAUGGACGAGCAGGAAAAGGAAUAGGCUGAAAUACAAAAAUUGGAACGCGAGAACUUUGCAAGGCAACAAGCAAUGGAAGAGCGGCGUAGAAAGAUCGACCGCUUAGAAGAAGUUAAGAAAAGGAAUGCUGCUAAAGCUCGCGUAAUGGUUUACGAUGAAGUUGCAAGUACUGCUGAAAGUCGAAGUUUGUCACACAGUAUUAAAGCAGCAAGUGAAACCCAAGCAAUCCCUAUCACACCAAGCAUUCCCUUUCAAGCUAUAAACACAACCCAAGUCUUCCAUGCUACAAGCCAUGCGUUUGCUCCACACAUUCAACAAACUCCUAUCAUACAAGCAAGGGCCACAAGUCAAACACUCAAAGCAUCAAGUCCACCAUUCAUCCCUCAAGCCACACAAAUUCAAACGGUUGUAACGCAACCACAAGCAAAUUCUGAUCUAGUUGGCAUACUAGCAGAAGCAAUAAGUGCAAAUCGACUUCCAACUCCAGAACCUGCAUUGUUCACUGGAGACCCACUGAAGUUCAAAGACUGGCAGUUGUCAUUUGAAACCUUAAUUGAAAGAAAGAACAUUCCAAGAAUGAAAAACUUUACUAUCUCAGGAAGUAUCUCGGUGGAUCUGCAAAAAGAGCAGUAGAAGGAUUCCUCCUAGUAGGUACAGAUGAAGCGUACGACUCAGCUUGGAAAUUGCUGGAAAAGCGUUUUGGAAAUCUGUUCACCAUAGGAAAAUAAUUUAGAGACAAGCUUCAUUGUUGGCCGAAAAUAAGCUACAAAGAUGGAAGUGAGUUAAGGGAAUUUGCUGACUUUCUUGGAAGUUGUGAAGCUGCGAUACCACACAUAAAGGUGUUAGAAGUUCUCAAUGAUUGUAUGGAAAUUCAGAGACUCUUGUUGAAACUUCCAGAUUUGUUGACUACAAGAUGGAACCGCAAAGCCAUGAAAAUAAGACAAACAAAUAAUGGAGAGUAUCCAUCCUUCCGCACGUUUGUGGAGUUUGUGACUAUGGAAGCUGACUUUGCGUGCGAUCCCAUAGCCUCAAUGCAAGCACUCAAAGGUUUGGACACAAGUAAACUCAAACAUUCACGCAGUCAAGUCAUUCAAGCAAAAACGUUUACUACAAACUCAAGUCACUCAACAAGCUCAGGUCACGCAAAUACUGUAACCUGUCUCUUCUGCAAAAGGAAUGGCCACACUCUUGAUAAAUGUUUCAAGUUCAUGGAAAAAAUAGUUCAAGAUCGUGUCAAGUUUGCACAGACAGAAAAGCUGUGUUUUGGAUGUUUAAAGACUGGACAUCGUUCAAAGAAGUGCGAUAAAAGGAGCACAUGUGGGAAAUGUCAAAGGAGACAUCCUACAUGUCUGCAUGACGACAAGUUCAUGGAACGUAAAAGGGCAACACCUGCAAAGAGUGACCAUAACUUUCAAGACAAAGUAGACACUAAAGUCACAAAGGAUGAAGACACAUCUACCGCAAUCUCCAACAGGGUAAUUCAAGACACCUCAAACACGUUGACAUCCUCUAUACUACCUGUUUGGGUCUCAUCCACAAACCACCCAGAGAAAUAAGUUUUAGUGUUUGCGCUUCUCGACUCACAGAGCGAUACAUCUUUCAUCUUGGAUGAAGUAGCUCAAGAUCUCAACACAAAUAAAAGCAAAGCCAGUCUGCAGCUAUCUACUAUGUCCGCCAAGUCAACAGUUAUACCAUGUGAGAAGCUGGUAAACCUUCAAGUCAGAGUAUAUAAGUGGGGAAAGAAAAUCAUAUUACCACCAGUCUUUACUUGAGAGUUUAUCCCAGUUAACAGGUCACAUAUCCCGACGUCUGAAACCGCUUUGAAGUGGCCUCAUCUGGAAAAGCUAGCAGAUAAGUUAGCACCAAUGCUCGAAUGUGAAGUUGGUCUGCUUAUCGGCUAUAACUGUCAUCAAGCCCUUCUACCAAGAGAAGUUCUUGCAGGCAAAGAAAACCAACCCUACGCACAGCUAACCGGUCUCGGCUGGAGCAUAGUUGGUUGCUCGUAUCAAGUACACAAUCACAAUGAUGCCAUCGGCACAAGUCACAGAAUCAUUGUGCGUGAAGUAACUCCUGCUUCACAACCAGCAGUUGAACUCAAGCAAGAAAUGUGUUUUGUAUGGAGAACUCAAGUAAAAGAAGUCAUUCCAAUUGAUGUGAUAAAGGCUUUGGAAUCUGACUUCUCCGAGCAUGCAACAGACGACAAUCCAAUUUCUCAAGAAGAUAUUUUGUUCAUGACAAAGGUGACAAAAGGCAUACGACAAAAAGAAGACAGUCACUACGAACUUCCACUACCAUUCAAAACAGACAAUCCAAAUCUUCCAAACAACAAACAAUACGCUGAGCACAGAUUGUCCUCAUUGGAACGUAGACUCAGAGAGGACGAGAAAUACUACAAGUAUUAUGUCAAGUUUAUGGAUGACAUCAUAACCCGCGGAGACGCAGAAAGAGUCCCAGUACAAGAGCUGGAAAACACGACAGCGUGGUACAUCCCUCACCACGGGGUUUACCAACCCCAUAAGCCUGCAAAGAUCCGUGUGUUUUUGAUUGUUCUGCCCGUUUCCAGGAAUCAUCUCUCAACGAUCAUCUUCUGACUGGACCAGACCUCACCAACACAUCGGUCGGAGUGUUAUGCCGCUUCAGAAAGGGUCCCAUCGCCUUCAUGUGUGACGUGGAGAGAAUGUUCCAUCAAUUCCAUGUUGUCAAGGAACAUCAAGACUACUUGAGAUUUCUCUGGUGGGACAAAGGUGAUUUGAACUCCGAACCUUCAGUGUACAGGAUGAAAGUGCACCUUUUCGGGGCAGCUUCCUCUCCCGGAUGCUGUAACUUCGGACUCAAACAUCUCGCAUCUAAAGGUAAGGACAAGUUCAGCAAAGAGACUGUCAAGUUUAUCCAAAGAGGUUUUUACGUUGAUGAUGGACUUGCUAGUGUAACGUCAACAGCCGAAGCCAUAAAGCUGGUCAAAGAGUCAAGAGCACUUUGCAAGACAGGCAAACUGCGUUUGCAUAAGUUUGUGUCAAACAAUAAAGAAGUGCUCGAAGCAAUUCCCCUAGAAGAACAAGCUCAAGCCAAAGAACAAGACCUGGCUCUUGAAGAGCCUCACGUUGAACGCGCACUUGGAGUACAAUGGUGUAUCGAGGCAGAUGAAUUCCAAUUCAGAGUCAAAGUCAAAGACAACCCGUUGACAAGGAGAGGGGUGCUCUCGACAGUUGCAUCAGUCUAUGACCCCCUUGGGUUUGUCGCCCCAUUCAUACUGAUUGGAAAGCAAAUACUCCAAACGUUGUGCAAAGACAAAGUAAAUUGGGACGACGAUCUCCCAGACCACAUUCUACCACGGUGGGAAGCAUGGUUGAGAGACCUGCCCAAACUGGCAGCUCUGAAGAUCCCACGAAGCUACUCACAAGACAUCAAUGUUGUACAGUACGAGUUACAUAACUUCUCAGACGCAAGCCUCGAAGGUUAUGGCGCAUGUUCAUACCUCAGAGCAAUAAGUAAAGAAGAAAAAAUCAGUUGUUCACUAGUCAUGGAUAAAGCAAGAGUUACACCAAUUAAACAAACAACCAUCCCAAGACUUGAACUAUCAUCAGCCGUGACUUCAGUCCGCAACGCAGAUGUAAUCAAGCGAGAACUGGAAAUUGAAAAUCUCAAGGAAUAUUAUUGGUCAGAUUCACAAGUCGUAUUGGCAUACAUAUCCAACGAUGCAAAAAGAUUUCACACAUUCGUCACCAAUCGAAUCCAACGAAUAAGACAAAGCACAAGUCCUGAAAAAUGGCAGCACGUCAGCUCAGAGAAUAUAAAGGUAUCCAACAAAGAACGAACAAAGUCACAGAUCUUGAAGAGAGAAAAGAUGCAGAAAUGUUCAUCAUCAAGCUAGUGCAAAGAGAAGCUUUCCCUGAGGAAAUAAAGAAAAUCAGAUCUCAAAAGGAUAAUUCUUUACACAAGCACAACAGACUAAUACAGUUGAACGCUUUCCUAGACAAGUCAGAUGUUCUCAGGGUGGGAGGAAGAUUAUCCCAAUCAGCCUUACAUCAUGAUGUGAAACACCCCUCAAUUCUUCCCAAAGAAUCUCACGUGUCAGCCCUACUCGUCAAACACUACCAUGAACGUGUACAUCAUCAAGGGAGAGGCAUGACUACAAAUGAAUUGCGUGCAAAUGGAAUAUGGAUCUUAGGAUGUGGAAAUGUUGUUUCAUCGCACAUCUACCGCUGCGUUAAGUGCAGGAAAUACAGAAAAGCUGCAAAUGUUCAACAGAUGGCAGAUUUGCCAGAAGUGAGAACAGAAACAGCGCCACCUUUUACCUACUGCGGCAUCGACUGUUUCGGCCCAUUCAUAGUAAAGGAUGGAAGGAAAGAAGUCAAAAGAUAUGGAUUAUUGUUCACAUGCUUAUGUUCUCGAGCUGUGCACAUUGAAACAAUCGACGACUUAUCGACAGAUGCUUUCAUGAAUGCCCUUCGAACUCUGAUCGCCAUAAGAGGUCCUGUCCAACAAUUAAGGUGCGACCAAGGGACAAACUUUAUGGGUGCUAGGAGAGAGUUUUCGGAAUUAAUGAAAGAUAUGGAUCAAGAACAACAAAGAGUCAUUGGUUGCGAAUUUGUGAUGAACGUUCCAUCAGCAAGCCACAUGGGAGGUAUCUGGGAACGCCAAAUUCGAACAGUGCGAAGCAUACUUACAGCAAUGCUUGACAAGUACUCAAACAGACUCGAUACGACUAGUCUAAGAACAUUACUUUACGAGACAAUGGCAAUCAUCAACAGUAGACCCUUAAGUGUUGAAUAUCUAAAUGAUCCCACGGGUCCAGAACCACUAACUCCCAAUCACAUAUUAACGAUGAAAUCUUCAGUUAUUCUUCCCCCUCCAGGACAGUUUUGCAAGGAUGAUUUGUACUUGAACAAAAGAUGGAAAAGGGUGCAAUUUCUCGCAAAUGAAUUUUGGCAAAGAUGGAUGCGAGAAUAUUUGUUGAAUCUCCAACAGCGACAGAAAUGGCAGAAAGUUUCAAGAAACCUGCAAGUAAAUGAUAUUGUGAUAAUACAGGAUGACAACGCUCCAAGAUGUAAAUGGAAACUAGCUCGAAUGAUAGAGACUUUGGAAAGCCCAGACGGCAAAGUUCGAAAGGUGAAGUUGAAGACCAGUGAAACCACUUUUGACAAAGGGAAACCACUGACGAGACUGAUAUACCUAGAAAGACCUAUUCACAAAGUCGUGACCCUACUUGAGACUGACCUACACAGUAAAACAGAUUCUAACCAGGACACUUUAUAGAAAAUCACAUUGAGAGACAAUGAGUGAUUUUGGUGGGAGUGUAAGUGUUGUUGAAAACUUACACUUAAUAUUUUUUGUUUUAAGGAUUAACAUUUUUUGUUGUAAAUUAUUAUGGUUCUGAAGUCAUGUUAUAUUUUUUUGUAAAUAAGACACAUUUGGGUUACUAUAAAAGGGGCAAUUUAUUUUCUUUGUCACACCGCUAUUCUCGCGAGAUUUGGUGUGCUGUUUGGAGUUGCAGACAUGCAAAGGACUUUGGGCCAUCAGCAGCAGUGGGGAACAUUUGGCUAGCUGAACAAGGUAUUUGUCAUAUUGUGUUGUAAUCUUCUGUAUUUUUGUGGAGUGCAUUGGUUUGAUUUUUUUUGUUCGCUCAUGUAGUUGCACAACACUGGAGUGUUUGCUGCACAAGAACCUCCGAAGUGGCAGGCGGCCACGAGGUAGCUAUUUUUGUUUGGCACCUUGUUUGCCUGGGACUGAAGUAUUUCUAAAACUAUUGUAUUUCAUGUCUUGUCCUGUAGUUUUCACGGCUAAAAACUCAAGUAAAGAGCCCGUCUUUAAGAAA